AUGGUGAAUUUAAAUAGAAGAGGAAUCCAAGUUGAUGUCCUAUGCCCCAUCUGCAAGAAUGAAGAAGAAGGUGUAGAGCAUGCCAUUCUAAGUUGUGAGCUAGCAAAGGCAAUUUGGUCAAAGUGGAGAGAUAGCCCGGGAAACUUUUUGGAGAGCAAGUGUGAUAUGUUUGAUUUGGCUCUCACCAUAAUAAGCCAGGGAACGCAAUGUGACUUGGAAAUUUUUUUUGGUGUAGCUUGGGCGAUUUGGUACCACAGAAACCAAUUAAUUUUUGAAGCUAGCAAAACAACUGCAGAUCAAGUGUGGGGGACAUCAAUUAGAAUGGUGGAAUAUUUUAAGACUGCAAAUAAUAGUGCAGCAGCAGGGAAAGAGAAGCAUGCCAGAGAUUGGAAGCCUCCACCUGAAGGUUUUUUCCUCAUAAAUGUGGAUGGAGCAAUCCCAACUGAAGAUGGUCACUCUGGAAUUGGUAUUGUCAUUUGGGAUUGGGAAAGUCAGAUUGUUGCAGCUAUUAGCAUGCCUCUAUCCAGAAAAUUUGCAGUAGAGAAAACUGAAGCAUUAGCCAUGGAAAAAGGUGCUAUCCUUGCUUUUGAUCUAGGCUUGGAGAAUGUCAUUUUGGAAGGAGAUUCCUUGCAAACUAUCUAG